UAUUUGAUUUAUAAGCUUAGCUUCCAUCAACCCAUUUUGUUGUUAUUUAAUACACAAACAAGCAAGCAAAAACACAAAGAUGAGCCUUCAACACUUUAGCCAUCAACAUCCACUGGUGUCUAAUGAAAGCCAUGGCCACGAAAUUGAAAAGGUGAAAUGCUCAAGAUGUGGGGAGUCAGUGUCAGGUUCCAGCUUUGGUUGUGCGGAGUGUGGGUUUUAUCUACACAAGCAGUGUGCUGAGGCUCCUACAGAGAUGAAUCACCCUUUCCAUCGCGACCACAACCUUAAUCUUCUUGCAAGGAAUCCAUACAACGCCGGUACAGUGCCACGCGUCAUCAAAUUCUAUCGGCAUCAGCACCGCAUUUCCCACACAUAUUUCCUGGACCAAAAUGAAUUUGAAUCGUGGGAAUGUAGAUUUUGCUUGAAGGAGGUGAACGCAAAGCAUGGGAGUUACUUUUGUUCUAAAUGCAAUUACAUAGUCCAUGUAAAGUGUGCAACAAAUCACAGUCGUUUGUAUUACGAGGUUGACUCUAUAGAAACAGAAGAAGAGACGGACUCAAAUGAACCUGUCGAUUUGAGAGAAAUUCAUCCACAUAACUCAAUACUGAGUGGAGACAUUAGGGAUUUUAAACAAUGCGACGGUUGCCUUCUACCCAUCGAUACUUCUUAUUGUUAUUGUUCACAGCUUCUACUACAGCGACAGCCGCCAUUGCCGCCACGACAACCUCCACCGCAACGACAACCUCGACCGCAGCGACAGCCGCCACCGCUGCCUCGACAGCCUCCACUGCAGCGACAACCUCAACCGCAGCAACAGCCUCAACCGCCGCGACAGCUGCCACCGCCGCCGCGAUAGCCUCCACCAAUGCGACAACCUCCACAGCUGCAACAGCCGCCGCCACAGUGAUAGCCUCAACCGCCGUGACAGCAGCCACCGUCGCCGUCGCUGUUGCAGUAGUCGUAGAGGCUGCCGCCAUGGCAUGUUUCUCUGUUUUCUCAAAUUAUUUAACUUAUUUGUAAUUUUUUUCUUUCAAUUUAUAUAUUUAGAGCAACUACGAAAACUACCUACAAAACCAACUCACUAAACCAUGUAUUGUUGGAACUAGAUAAUAAGUAUCGAUUAUAGAUAUUGAUCAGUUUUCUAUA